GCAGCCUCUUCUCCCACCACCCACAUCCAUCAUGGGAGUAAGGGGACCAGAGUGGUACCUCUGUCACCACACUAGGGAUUAUCAGGACUUUUAUGUGGAAGUGCCUCAGAUUCUGAAUGGUGGGAGUCUUAGAUUCCAACUUGAUUUUGAGCUGAAUAUUAGGCAAUAAUGUUUAACUUUUGUGUCUCAAAUAAGGUGGAUGUUCAUUUAUUUCUCAUGUAAUUGUCUGCCCAGUCCAAAGGCCCAGUAUCCUCCCAUCUCAUGGUUCCAGUGUCCCUUAGGGUGCUAUUCUUUUCUUCAUGGUUGGAGCUGGAUCACUGUCUUUUCCCAUGGAGAACCAAAAACAGUGGAAAGCAAGCAACUUCAUUUUUAAGGACAUGAAGCAAAAUUGGCACUUUUCAUUCUCAUAUAUAUCCCAUUGGUUAAAACCUAGUCAUAAGGCCACACCUAGCUACAGGGAGGCUGGGAAAUGUAGUCUUUGGGAGCACAGCUGGGAGAGGGGGCCUGUCCACUGCCUCCUAUCCUAACAAGCAGCUCAUCAUGGGAACAAGAGAAUAAACUGUUUGUCAUGGCUGUCAGUGCAGGACUGAGAGAGGCCUGCAGCCUGGCCUGGCCUGUAGGGCAUUUCUUGAGGAGCAGGGCCAGGCCCUGAGCCUUCUGAGGCUCAGGACUGAGAGGUGACAUCCUAGCCUGGUCCAUGAAGGCACACUUGAGGUAUCAGUGCUGCUGUGCUUUUUGGAGGUGGGACUUGAACUGGACCCAAGGGAUGCUGGAUAUUCAGAUGAGUGAAAGGAGGAAAGGUCGUGUGCAGUCACAUUACAGAGGACCUCGGAAUCCAAGCCAGCAAGGACACCAUGGCUCCAAGGCGGGAGCCAAGUCUUGUACCACGUUCAGGAUGUCUGCAGGGACACAACAGGCCACCUCUGGAAGCUUGCAGGAGGAGCAGCCCUGCCAUGGCCAGCUCCAAGCUAGGCCUCUUGCUGCUGCUGCUGCUGCUGCCGCCCACCCAACCAGGACCCUCAAAGACUCAGCACUGGUCCCACGACGGGUACAGUGGAGGAAAGUGAGCCUCCAGCUCACCCCUGCACUGCCAGCAUGCCCCAAGACCCCCAGCAAGCGGCCCAGACCAGACUGCCAUAGCCUCCAAAGCAAUGCCCUGGCUCUCCCCACACACACACACACUCGAGGUGGAAAGUGUGCCCUGGGAGGGCAGGACACCAGGCCAGGGGACCCUCCAUACAAAGCAGUACCUGGUGCAGACACGACUGGUAAGUAGAGUGAGAGGCCCCCGGCAUUGGCCAUCAGGGGCCAUAGUGGCUAAGGACUGGGGGCUAUGUGAGUAGAAGAUGGGGGUAGACAGCACUGAGACACCCCUACCACAGCACCCCCAGCUGUUAGUGCCCCCUGCUUCUUACAAGCAGGGUGCUGUCUGCUAUUCUAUU